AUUUUACCUAAUGUAGUAUAGGUGGGCUUCCUGUGGAUUUCCCUUGGCCAAGAUGGCGGCCGUGGAUAGUGAUAAAUGGGGUUGCUCCUUCUUUCGCCAUUUGCAGCGAAAGGAUCUUUAUGAGUAUUUAUCUGGGCUUCCAGUUGGGAUUCUAGACAGAUUAUUUUGUCACCCAGCAACUUGCCUUACCGUAUUCAGAGAGCUUCCUGAACUUGCAAAACACUUUGUGAUGAGAACGUUGUUUGCUGAUCAGCCGGUACCUGAAAGCAUAGUUAGUACAUGGGUGAAGAGUGCAUAUUACAAGUAUAACAUAGGUUCCCUGAAUACGCUGAAGCAGUUGAGAAUCUGGCGUGAGGUACCUAGUGGAGUGCAUAAGCGAUAUGAGAUGAACGCAACCUUCAGGACAAAUAUGAAGGCUGCAUUAUGUGGAGGGGGAAAGUCAUGGAUGGGCUCAACCCAGCACCUUGGUCCAGAUAAACACACAAGAGAGCCAGAUUUCUUGGAUAAAUAUGCUAUCGAGAGAUGGGAGAGUGUUCUUCAUUUCAUGACGGGCUCCACAGAGAUGGCAGACAAUGCAGGAGGUGUCAGCCAAGAUGUUGUGAAAGUUCUUGUUUUGAGUGGACUCAUGAAAUGUGAGUCCCCUGGCUCAAAUCCUAUUAUCAGUCCUGCUGGCUUCCAGUUCCUUCUCUUGGACAGACCCUCACAAGUCUGGUACUUCAUGCUUCAAUGUCUAGAAACAGUGGAGGCCAGAGGCAUGGACCUUGUAGAGUGUCUGUCUUUGCUUUUUCAGCUCAGCUUCUCAUCUCCUGGAAAGGACUAUCCUACUGAUGGGCUCACUGAUAGCCAGAUGAAGUUUCUUCAACAAUUAAGAGAAAUAGGCUUAGUAUUCCAAAGAAAGAGAAAGUCAAGGAGAUAUUAUCCCACAAAAUUAUCUGUUAAUUUAACAGCAGCAGGGAAAGGAAUUAAUACUACAGAUUCACAAAUAGAAGCUGGGUUUAUUAUUAUUGAGACAAACUACAGAGUAUAUGCAUACACAGAGUCUUGCCUUCAAGUGUCCCUCAUCGGAUUGUUCUGUGAGAUACUCUGUAGAUUCCCAAACUUAUGUGUGGCAAGUUUAACACGAGAAAGCUGUCAGCAGGCUCUAGCAAGUGGAAUUUCUGCAGAACAGAUUCUGAAUUUUCUGCAAACGCGAGCUCACCCCGAGAUGUUAAAAAGAACCCCAAUUAUACCAUCGACCAUCAGUGAUCAAGUCCGCCUGUGGGAAAUGGAACGCAGCAGAAUGAAGUUCACCGAAGGUGUGUUAUACAACCAGUUUCUUUCACAAGCGGACUUUGAAAUGCUCCGCAAAUAUGCCGAGGACCUCGGCGUACUCAUCUGGGCGAACUCGACCAAAAGAGUCGUGGUCGUCAGUCGCUCAGGACACGACGACGUCAAGCGAUUCUGGAAGAGACAGCGGCAAGGCCCAUGACGCAUGCGUAGGGAGACUCCAGAACGAAUUGACAGAUAGGUCGAUAGUCGAUGUAGUGAGGAGAAGACUUCUAGAAAAUGGUCGAUGGUCUAAACAAAUUGAAAAGAUUUUUGAUAGUCAACAGGUCAAAGAGUUGGUAAUUUAAAGGCCUAAUUACCCUAAAGGGUAAUUUAAAUGGUCGAUGGUUGACAGAAAUUGUAAAAACUUGUCAAUAGUCGGAUAGUCCUUUUUUUAGUCAAGAAUUACUUUACCUGCCUUUCUUUAAGGCCAAUACCUUUCCAGAGUAUUUUCAAGAUGGCGUUUUUGAUAUCAAGGAUCUGCCCAAUCUAGUUCCCAGUCUCUUCUGGGUAAGUUCUCUAAAAUAACCCAGAAGAGACUGGGAACCAACUCAGUAACAGGGCUGGUCCCAUCACGUGACGAAAACAGUUAAAUGAAACUCUUGCUGCGGGUCAGUGAGAAUGUAUGUGCGGCCUAAUUUGUACAAAAUCAGUGCACUUUAAAAGCACACUAGCAUACACACAUUGGUACCGGUCGGGCCAGGACGGGAUGCUAGCACAGUCUAUUACCCGUGCAGUUCGGCAACCAUGGCAGCUGUUUCGUCCUUGCCAAUCUCGUCAUGGCAUAGCAGGUUUGCCUCAGUUAAACUGAUGAGUCCUAAAAAGUACGAAACAGCUGUGCAUGGUUUCCUGCACGGGUAAUAUAGACUGUGCAGACUGAUGCCAAUGUGUGUAUGCUAGUGUGCUUUUAAAGUUCACUGACUUGAACGGCAUAUUCAUGUCAAACAUGUUGUCCAUUGUCUGAUCGUGGUCUUGUUGCAAUCUUUUGUAUCAACGUGAUGCUUUGAAAAAUAUACAAACUUGCGUUUGAA